CCAAACCAUGUCAACACCAGUUCUUCAUCCCUAACGAAAAAUACGCUAAUUUCUCACUGUUUAUUCAUCGCUAAAAGAAAAAUGGAAGGCGUAGCAAAGUCAAAGAAGGGUGCCGGAGGAAGAAAGGCCGGUGGUCCAAGGAAGAAGGCGGUUACCCGCUCUGUCAAGGCCGGACUCCAGUUUCCCGUCGGUAGAAUUGGGCGUUUUCUGAAGAAAGGACGUUAUGCGCAGCGUGUUGGAAGCGGUGCUCCGGUUUACCUCGCCGCUGUUCUUGAAUACCUUGCCGCUGAAGUGCUAGAGUUAGCUGGAAAUGCUUCUAGGGACAACAAGAAGACCAGAAUCAUUCCAAGGCAUCUUCUGUUGGCCAUUAGAAAUGAUGAAGAGCUUGGGAAAUUAUUAGGUGGAGUUACGAUUGCUCAUGGUGGUGUUCUUCCAAAUAUCAAUCCAGUUCUAUUGCCUAAGAAGACUGCUGCCAAGGAGCCAUCAACUCCAUCUAAAGCUGCUAAAUCUCCAAAAAAAGCUAAGAAGGCUGAGUAAAUUAUUGACGUUAGAGUUUGUAGUUCUGUUUUGGUUAAGAUCACAUUAUAAGUUUGUAUGCUGAUGCUGAUCAAGAUUUAAUGAGUGAAACGACUUGUUUCUUACAAUUCUCGCUGCAUAUACAUUCGUAUGAUUUAAUCACUUGUUCCUAUGCUUGAUCCAUCGUUUAUCUUCAUCUGGCACGUAAAUUUCUGAAUUAGAUCAUUAAUUAAUAGAACCAUUAUAUGGGUUUAAUAAAACAAAAAAAAAAUAUGUACGAG